GCCAAGCCGGAGGCAGCUCAAAAGAGUCCGCCUCAAGAAGAGAGCGGCAGAGUUCUGAUUCCCCGGGAGCGGCCGGAGUUUGCGCCCAGCCCCGGCUGCGUUUUGCAUUGCAAAGAAGCGUUCCAUUUUAUUUUGUAGAUAGAUAGAUUAUUAUUUUUCCUCGGCUUUUUCCUCGGCGCCUGCAAGGACAGGUCCCCCUGUGGGCAGAGGAGGGGAAAGACCGGCGCCCUCCGCCUCCCCUACCCCCCCCCCCCGACCACUCGGCCUCGGGGGGACGCUUGAAGCAGGCGAAGCAGAAUGUACCAGGGACACAUGCAGCUGGUGAAUGAGCAGCAAGAAAGCAGACCUCUCCUGAGCCCUUCGAUCGACGACUUUCUCUGCGAAACCAAAUCAGAAGCUAUUGUGAGACCUGUGACAUCAAACACAGCAGUUUUGUCCACAGGCCUGGAUCUCUUGGACUUGACCGAGCCUGUUUCGAAAAACCAAACCAAAGCGAAGAAGUCGGAGAAUUCCUCCAGAGGGGAGGGUUUAAAGGCUUUGACCCUCCGAAAGAAGUCGGACAAUCCAGACCUUAUCAGCGUGGAUGCUGAGCAGAAAAGCCAGUCUGCCAGAGCUCCUGAAAAGUCCUCAUUGGAUUUAGUCAAUAUUAAGGCGCAGCUGGAGAAAUGGGAUGAAGGGAAGUUUCGUGGAGACAGGGCCAGCAAAGGCUAUCCAGCUCCUGAGAGAAAACCUUCAUCAUCAAGAGCUCCCUCGAAAGAAUUUAUCUGGUCUGCAGAGAACAGAUCCCAACAAGAAGUGGCCGGUGUCAAGGCUACAGUGGAAUCUGAUUCAGCCUCAGAUUUAGAGUUAGCACCUGCACCAAAGGCACGAUCUACCAAAGAGCAACGCUGGGGAAACACACUCCUCUCACGAAAUCAUUCCAUGGAGGAGGAAUUUGAAAGAGCCAAAGCAGCGGUUGAGUCAGACACAGAGUUCUGGGAUAAGAUGCAAGCAGAAUGGGAAGAAAUGGCUCGCAGAAACUGGAUUACAGAUGGCCAAGAAGCACAAGGCCAAGUUGCUGUCUCCAUCAACGAGAAGGGCUAUUAUUUUCAUACUGAAAACCCCUUCAAAGACUGGCCGGGCGCUUUUGAAGAAGGUCUGAAAAAGCUGAAAGAAGGGGAUCUGCCACUCACCAUUUUGUAUCUGGAGGCGGCCAUUUUGCAAGACCCUCAUGACUCCGAGGCCUGGCAGUAUCUUGGUAUAACCCAAGCUGAGAACGAAAAUGAGCAAGGAGCUAUUGUUGCCCUCCAGAGGUGCUUAGAGCUUCAGCCAAACAACUUAAAAGCUCUCAUGGCCUUGGCAGUGAGCUUCACCAACACUGGUCACCAACAGGAAGCCUAUGAGGCGCUACGGAACUGGAUCAAGCAGAACCCCAGGUACAAGUACUUGACCAGGAGCAAGAAAGGCUCACCAGCGCUCACCAGGAGGAUGUCCAAGACAGCAGAGGAAAGUUCAUUGCUGGAAGAAGUGAAGGAACUGUACCUGGAGGCAGCCCACCAGAAUGGCGAGAUGAUAGACGCCGACUUACAGACCGGCCUCGGAGUGCUCUUCCAUUUGAGCGGGGAGUUUAACAGAGCCAUAGACGCUUUCAGUGCUGCCCUGACUGUUCGGCCAGAGGAUUAUUCAUUGUGGAACCGUCUAGGUGCCACCCUAGCAAACGGAGAUCGGAGUGAGGAAGCUGUGGAGGCCUAUACGAGAGCUUUGGAAAUUCAGCCUGGCUUCAUCAGGUCCAGGUACAAUUUAGGAAUCAGCUGCAUCAACCUGGGAGCCUACAGAGAAGCCGUCAGCAAUUUUCUCACAGCCCUCAAUUUGCAACGAAAGAGCCAAAAUCAGCAGCAAGUUUCCCACCCUGCAAUUUCAGGUAAUAUCUGGUCAGCUUUGCGAAUUGCUUUAUCGAUGAUGGACCAGCCAGAACUUUUUCAAGCGGCUAAUGUGGGCGACCUGGAUGUUUUACUAAGAGCUUUCAGCAUCGAUCCCUAGCAGACAUGCAACCAAGCCGUCCGAAAAUCAAAAAACUAUUUAAAUACGUACAGUAACAUAAAUGUCCUUCGAUUUCCGAUUUGAACAAAAGACGGACGCACAGACGUUCUCCAGCGGAAGAGAGUUCUGCGGGAUUUCACCAGGUCUCCAGACAGGAAGUUAAAAAAGCACAACAUUUUGUAAAUACCACCUUGCUCAAAUUUUCACGGGGGAGUCAAGUGAACGAGCGCUAUCGUGACAUUGGCGGGACUCAGCGGAAACAUUACUGGAAUAAACUGCGUUCCCUGUAACAUGUACCUGUACAAAGAAAAUAUAUCUCUUAAAAAAAUCAUGCUAUAUCUUCAGAGGAACACCCAAGAAUGUGUUUAGGUAAUACCUUGUACAGUUCCAUAGGAUAUGCAGUUUUGGAAAUGUAUGUCUGCAGUUGAGGGAUGCCAACUUCUCUCUUCCAGAUCCUUUCCCCACAGUUACGAUAGUCGAUGUAUGUUCACUGCAUUGCGCCCCUUCCCGUCAAUGGUUGUUAAGCCCCCAGGGCUUAAAAAUAACCUCGCUCGGUUUUCUUUCUUCUGUCGUCUGACCUCGUGAAGCCUUCCGUGGGGGAAAUCUCAAAUGCCUGGAGAAUUUUGUCGGUCGAAUGACAUUUUUGUCGAGCAGUUGUGGCGCAGGCUUAGACAGCAGUUUGUGCUAGUGAUUGGGGUCUGUAGGAGUAGGGCUGGCCCUAACAGGUUGCACCCUUUUCUGCUUUUUGGAAUCCCCACUUUAUCUCUCCAAACCCUCCGUACCUUUGAACGAGAGCCUGCUGCUUCUUGUUAGUAAUCAGCAAUUCGUUUUUGACUGUUCCAGAAGAACGCUGCUAUGGGAGCGAUUCGGUAUUGCCGGGCAAUGCCAUCAUGUAUGUGUGGUCACUUCUACACUGACCCUUUAGAGCGGUUAGGGAGUGGCUCCUUCCCAGAGGGGCACACCUCUGACCACAGGCACUGAGGCAGCUGGAAUGCCAACUUGGGCACCAACUGGCUGGAUUCUGCCCCAGGUGCCCAUUCUGCUUCCUGAAGGCCUGUUUUGAGCAGAGCUCACAAUAGAACUAGGAUCUGCAAACGUAAUGCACUUUAAUGUAGCUUUCUUGAUUUUAUUUUUUGGUAGGGGUGGGAGCAGACCCACUCUUUUUGCACUUUGGCUUUAGGAACAAAAGGUACAGAUGCAGCUGCGUUGACAUCAAGGACCUUUUGAUCCAAAGCGGGGCUUCCUCCUAGCUGAGACAGUUUGACAAUGCAAAGACUGAUCAUCAGCUCUUGGCUUGGGAUGGUGAAGGUAUUGAUGUGAAGUAGCAAAAGGGGACGUACAUCAGACUGGGAAAGGACAAAGGUCUGUCCCUGCAGUCUCUGGCAAGGCACCGGAAGCAGAAUUUACCAAAAAGCAUUCCAGAUCGAAACUGGAUUGCAACAUCCAUUCUCUUAGGAGCUUGGAUGCGAAGGACGCUCAGUCCUUUGGGACUCAAAACACCGACUCGAGAGUUCACCCCCCCCCUCCCACCCCAGACGUUCUCUUGUGCAAGCCCUGUUGAAACAAAAAGGACCAAGCACAGGCAUGAUACUCUGCUCCUUUCAACAGGGUCUACACAAGAGCUCCCACCAGCCCCCAGUGAACAAGUGCCUCAACUAAAACUCCUUUAAAUAUUGUUGAUUUCAGGGGGAGUGUAUAAAACUGGGAUACUGGUGAGAUUUUUAGCUGAAGUUUGAUGGUUCCAUGGAAUAUCAUUCUUUAAGAAUUUGGGGGGCAAGGCUAAUAAAACUGGCCGGGUGGGUGGGUCUCCUCCAUCCAAGCUGGAUGGUUAAAAAAAAUUAAAAUAAACAGGGAUCUUGUAGCACUUUAACAAACAAAAAAUAUCCAGUCUAACUUUUCAUGGAUAUCUUCAGAUGCAACAAGCAUAUUCUCAUUGUGCUGUUCUUUUAGACAGGAAAUAUUUUCUUUAAAUGUUCUUGAGAAUCUCAUUUUACAUUGUCUAUAUUUUUUCAUUUUCCUAAAGUGUUGAUCAUGAACAGAAGUACUUGGAUAAAAAUGAAAAGUAGCAAACUGUGCUCUAUAAACACAGGGCUUUGUUGGCAGAUUUUGAA